CGGGGCGGAGCGGAAAUGCGUCACACCCCGCCCGGCGCGCCGGCCGGAAGUGGCAGGGCAUGGCGGCGGGUCUGGCGCUGCGGCUGGCGGGGCGGCGGGGCGGGCUCGGCGCUCCCGCCCGGAGGGCGCUCUGGGGCGGCGGGAGGUAACGGCGAGGCUGGGGCGGACGCGGCGGGACCUGCCGGCUGCCGGGGGCUGGGCCCGCGGCCGGCGGUGCUGAGCGGGCCCGGGCCGCCGCACCUUGCUGAGAAGGAGGAAAAAGAAUUAGAAGCAGGCAAAAUAAUUGAUCAAGAGAAAAGCGAACCCAGCCUGAUCUGUCCGCCACCACGCCGCAGAAACUAUCUUCCUCCAGAGGAUGUACAGAGCUGCCUUGAGUCUCAUGUCCAGGAGAUUUUUGGACCGUCACCUCCUGGUAAUUGGCUGCAGACACCUCUCAACGAAAACAGGUUGAAGUAUCGCCUCCUGGCUCAGCUGGCAGCAGAACUCGGUCAUGCUGUCCCGAAUUCACAGCUCCACCUGAUGCGCAUUGCUGAGGAUGUCUUGAAUUUCUAUCGCACUCCUGUGAAGGAUGUGUCCAAGUUUGAUGAACUGUGUGCUGCAGAGCUACCCCCAAACCUGAAGAUUGUCUGGCAGCAGUGAGUCGCACCACAAAGCAUCGCUUUGCUUUGCUUGAGUUCCUACAGCAGGACUGCAGUGUGGAAGCAGAGCCCUUUCAUUUCGGUAGCAACUGAAUGUAUAAAGAUCAUUAAUAAAAGCUCAUUUAAUUGUC